UCUGACAGCGGUCGUCUCCCUUUGCAGACCGACUUCAAGACGGCCGAUACGGAUGUCAGCACGGAUCAGGACAUCGAGAAGAACUUGGACAAAAUGAUGUCCGAGAGGGCGUUGUUGAAGGAGCGCUACCAGGAGGUGUUGGACAAACAGAGGCAAGUGGAGAAUCAGCUGCAGGUGCAGCUUAAGCAGCUCCAGCAGCGGAGGGAAGAAGAGAUGAAGAACCACCAGGAGAUCCUGAAAGCCAUUCAGGAUGUUACGAUCAAGCGGGAAGAGACAAAGAAGAAGAUGGAGAAAGAAAAGAAAGAAUUCUUGCAGAAAGAGCAGGAUCUGAAAGCAGAAAUUGAGAAACUCUGUGAGAAAGGCAGAAGGUUGCUGAAAGAGCAGGAGGAGAAGGAAAACAAGAUUGCUUCUCUGAUCGCAGAGCAGUCCGAUGAAAAGCAGCUGUGGGAGAUGGAGCUAGAUAAGCUGAAGAACCAGCACAAUGAAAUCAACAGGAACAUUCUUGAGGAGACAGAACGGGCCUGGAAAGCAGAGAUCCUGUCCCUGGAGAGCCGAAAGGAGCUGCUGGUGUUGAAACUAGAAGAAGCAGAAAAAGAAGCGGAGCUACACCUCACCUACCUCAAGUCUGCGCCGCCCACGCUGGAGACAAUGAGGCCAAAGCAGGAGUGGGAGAUGAGGCUGAACAGGAUACGAAUGACCAAGGAAAGCGUCCGAGAUCAGUUCAACGACCACAUUCAGAUGGUGAGAAAUGGAACAAAGCUGAGCAGCCUCCCGCAGAUCCCAACCCCGACGCUGCCGCCACCUCCCUCAGAAACAGAUUUCAUGCUGACAGCAUUCCAGCCCAACCCAUCCCUUACUCCCAGGCUCCCAUUUCCCAUCGGACCGGUUCCCGUUCCCAUGGUCAUGCCGAGUGCUGAUCCUCGGGCGCUCUCCUUUCCUCUCCUGAACCCUGCGAUCUCCAGGCCCAACCAGCCUUCCCCGCCGCUGCCUGCUUCCCAGGGAAGAAACAGCCCUGUCGUGGCAUCGCUUAUGGGCACGCACGGCCCUCACAUGGCUCCCGCCGCCUCCAUCCCUCCUCCGCCAGGCCUGGGAGGAGUUAACGUCACUCCGGAGUUUCACAGGCCGCAGCCGGCCGAUAAGCUGGAAAAGCUGCUGGAGAAGUUGUUGACUCGGUUUCCGCAGUGCAACAAGUAAGUGUCUGGCGUCAUCCUUCCCGGAGAGCGAAGACUUGCGUGCGGGACGUGAGCCGGGGUGACAAUGGAGGAGCUGAAUCAGCUGGUGGCGGCCAAGCUGGCGGAGCAGCAGGAGCGGGCAGCGGCCGGAGCUCAGCCUCUCAGCCGAAUCAGGGCCCCCAUGUUCUCCGCUCCGCUGCCUCAGAUCAGCACACCCAUGUUCCUGCCCCCGGCCCAGGUGGCUUACCCUGGAACGGCGUCACACAGCCCGGCUGCCUGUAAGCUGUGUCUCAUGUGCCAGAAGCUCGUGCAGCCUGGCGACCUUCACCCCAUGGCCUGCUCCCACGUGCUGCACAAGGAGUGCAUCAAAUUCUGGGCACAAACCAACACAAAUGACACUUGCCCCUUUUGUCCAAGUCCCAAAUGACGGCUACUCGAACAAAGCGGUCCCACAGGAGGAGUUGCUGUGAAUAGACAGGAUCCGUUCUAAGAUUUCUACAGUUCUAUAUUUAUACGACCAUGUAUACACAUGUACAUUUUUAUUAUAUAGGUAAUGUGUGUAUAGAAAGUCUGUAUACAUACAAAUUCAUAAAUAAAGUGUGUAUAUUAUGCAGUGA